AUGGCGGAAUCGGACGACGGAUUUCAGCUCGCCUUGAGCGAAUUGAUUGAAGGCGCCGCUGCAGAUGCGCGCCGCCACUCCGCGAGAGCAGAUUCAGGAUCCCCGAUGAGGAAGGCACGGCCGCAGGACAUGGAAGGAGAGCCUCCAAUCAAGCGAGCGAAGCUUUCGAGGACUUCAUCGCCCGCGACCGAUGUGCACCACUGGAGUGCCUGGAGUUCCUCGAGUUCGACGGGCACAACGGCGACGCCGCUGGGCGGGACAUCCCCAAGCAAGAGACACAAGCAGUUCUCCGCUUCUCCUCACCAGGCGCCGAACAUACCACAGGUAGUACGACGUCAAUUUGAUCCGCGAGAGAACGACUUUCCUUACGAGGCUUUGGUGGAAGCUCGGCGCAGGGAACGUGUUGUGGACGUUGACCGCUAUGUCCCUCCGGCUGGCAAUCGACCACCCAGUAGAGCGCCUGGCUUCGCAUCUGCUGCGUACGAUUCCCGGUCUACGCGCACCCAUCACGAACAGGACCGAAUGAAGGCAACACCGGGGUUACACGUUCACGAGAUCGAUUUUGGGCAGAGACGUAACCACAGGGGACAAACCACAAGCCAGAAACCCAUCAAGCCAUUCCGAUUCCAGGACCUACCGGACACAAUCAAGACUCGUAUCGUAUUCUACUUGCUCGUCAAAGACGAGGCGAUCCUCAUCGACUUCACAUGGUUACGUUCCUUUGUGCAUGGCCACAGUAGAGUUCCAAGUGCUACGGAAACACUACGUGCAGAAGACCAAAAGAGCUACACUGUCCCACAGAACUGGCCAGAAUUGAUUCACGAAGUACAAACAAUGCAGAAUGACUGUGGCCCCUUCCGGGAUGCCCUCGAGCUUCGAGGAAACAAAACUCGUGGACUGCGAGGGCCAUGUCGCGGACUUACUACAGGCCUUUUGAGGGUAUCGAGAUCGGUUCACAAGAUGGCAGCCGAGGCGCUAUAUGGAGGAAACAAAUUCAGAUUCCCUUGGCCCACCUGUGCUUGGAUGCAACUGGAAUCUUUCCUGGCCACGAUCGGGUCGCGGAACGUCGGUUACCUGCGAAGUCUCGAAAUCCACGUACCAUUAUGGCACCGAGGCAUGCAAGAAGACUACCUCGAAGGCGCAAUCUUAGAUCUUACAUCGCCUGCUUCGCGCCUUGGUGUCGUCUUACCCACAGCCCGCGACCGACUGCUGUCGGCAAUCACAUUCUGUGUCCACGCCCUGCUCAAAGCCAACAACCUGUCCAAUCUCCUUCUCAUUCUCGAACAUGGCCUGGCCACCGAUCGCUGGAUAGGUCGCCACACAAACGACAGACAGCUCAUACCCCUCGCUGAAGCCGAAGAGUUGGUCGCCAGGAAACAGCAGGGCAUCGCAAUACUACAGGAAUUAGCCCAGCUCGUCAAAACAAAAGCGAUCAGACUCCAUGUGCAGCACGUAGGAGCCAGCAAAAUCCAGGAGUACGAUAAGAAGGAGUUCAAGCAGCGGCUACCUGGACUGAAAAAGGAAGCGGAGAAGUAUGGAUGGGUCGUCGAUCAAGCGUUGAAGGGGAGACGAUAG